AUGCACAAGGACCGCCCCCGCUACGUCAUCAGCAGACCUGCCUACACUCUCCCAGACCUCGAUGAAGAGUUUGAGAAGAAGAGACGAACCUUCCCCAUAAAAGAGAAAGUUCGGAAACUCUUCAGGUGCUCUGGGUCUCGACUCAAGGCUCUGCUAUACAGACACCUGCCUGUGCUGAGCUGGCUGCCCAAAUACAAAGUGAAACAGAACCUACUGUGUGAUGUCAUCAGUGGGGUCAGCGCAGGCACCAUCCAGGUCCCCCAGGGCAUGGCGUUUGCCCUACUGGCCAGCCUGCCCCCUGUCAAUGGCCUCUACUCGUCCUUCUUCCCCCUCAUUCCUUAUUUCUUUAUGGGAACCGCUCAUCAAAUGGUCCCAGGUACCUUUGCUGUGCUGAGCAUCAUGGUAGGCAUGGUGUGCUUGAGGCUGGCGCCAGAGUCUGACUUUAGCCAUUUCAACUCCACUAUCAAUGCCACCGUGUUGGAUGAGGAGCAGAUGAACCAGGUUCGCCUCGGCAUCUCUGCGACCUUGGCCUGCCUCACAGCUGUAAUACAGAUGGGCCUGGGCUUGAUGCAGUUUGGCUUUGUGGCCAUCUACCUGUCGGAGUCCUUUGUCAGAGGCUUCAUGACUGCUGCAGGACUUCAGAUUCUCAUCUCUGUCCUCAAGUACAUCUUUGAUAUCAGUGUGCCACCCUACAGUGGACCGCUGGCAACCAUUUAUACUCUGGUGGACAUCAUCUGUGGACUUCCCCAGACUAAUGCUGCCUCGCUGGUCUUUGCCUUGGUCAGCUGUGUGGUUCUCAUAGUGGUGAAGGAGCUGGGGGCACGUUACCGCCACAAGCUUCCCUUCCCCAUCCCUAUGGAGAUCAUCAUAGUGGUGGGUGCCACAGCUAUCUCUGGACCCCUGCAUCUACCUGAGAUAUAUCACAUGGAUAUAGUUGGAGAAAUACCACUAGGGUUCCCUGCCCCGAUCCUUCCCACAGUGAGUCAGUGGGAGGACAUGCUGAGCACAGCCUUCUCCCUGGCCAUCGUGGGCUACGUCAUCAACUUAGCGAUGGGCAGGACUCUGGGAGCCAAGCAUGGCUAUGAUGUGGAUCCCAACCAGGAGAUGCUGGCUCUGGGCUGCAGUAACUUCCUAGGGUCCUUCUUCAAGAUCCACGUCAUCUGCUGUGCCCUGUCCGUCACCUUGGCAGUGGACAGUGCUGGAGGGACAUCACAGUUUGCCAGUUUAUGUGUGAUGCUGGUGGUCAUGGUCACCAUGCUAGCCUUGGGGGCCUUCCUGAAACCUCUCCCAAAGUCGGUUCUUGGAGCCCUGAUAGCAGUCAACCUAAAGAACACUCUGCUGCAACUGUCUGACCCAUAUUUCCUGUGGAAGAAGAGCAAGCUGGACUGUUGUGUGUGGGUGGUGUCGUUCCUUGCCACUUUCUUCUUGAGCUUACCUUACGGAGUUGCCAUUGGAGUAGGCUUCUCAAUCCUUGUGGUAAUUUUCCAGACACAGUUUCGUAACGGUUCAGAGGUGGCUCAGGUCACAGAGACAGACAUCUACAGAAACCCCAAGGUCUACAGCAAGUUGCAGUCUGUGAAGGGAGUGAAAAUAGUGAACUACUGCUCUCCUCUCUACUUUGCCAAUGUGGAAAUAUUUCGAAGGAAGGUCAUUAAAAAGACUGGGCUGGACCCAGGCAAGCUUCUCCUGGCUCGGAGGAAGUUCCUGAAGGAGCAGCAGAAGAAGAUACAGCAACAAGCCAAACAGGAGCAGGCUGAGGAGACCAGGAGUAGGAAGCUCAGCUCUCUGGUCACCAUGAAGUCUCAGACCAUUUCACAGUUGGAGCUGCAGAAUGACUUUGACAUGGCCGGUGACAGCAGCGCCAACAAGCCUGACCCGCCCACAUGCUAUGUCAACUUCCACUGCAGUGACAUUGAGCAGGAGGAGCAGAAACCUGACCCCGACCAGGCCCACUCCUCCCCUGCCACCCUGGAGACCCAGCCUCAACCCUUCCACACCCUCAUCUUGGACCUGGCAGGGGUCUGCUUCAUUGAUCUGAUGGGUAUCAAAGUCCUCACCAAGAUGAGCUCAAGCUAUGAGAUGCUGGGGAUCAGUCUGUACCUGGCUAAUGUUCAAGCCCAGGUGUAUGAAGAACUGGAAGGGGGAGGGGUGUUUGAAGAGGGCAGUAUCGCUCGCGGUCACCUCUUCAUCUCCGUCCAUGACGCCGUCCUCUUCGCUCAGGAAAGGUCGACAGGCUCAGGAGCCUCUACCAAGGCAUAACUGGAGAGGAGAGAACUUGCCCUCGACAUUCAUGAGGAGGACGUGGAUCUGGAACAGGAGAUGUUUUGACUGCAUGGUGUUUUAGUGGAAGAAAUGAACAAAUUAACUCAGAGACUGUUCAAUGCACGGUGCGUCUCACAAUACACUG